UCGUCAUCCUGCUCCUCUUCCUCGUCAUCGUCAUCCUGCUCCUCUUCCUCGUCCUCCACCCCGGCUGACGGGCUUGUCGUGUUGAGCGGAGCAGAUAUUGCGUGGGAUAUUGCGACUACUUUGAAGCCUUACGUUCCAUGCGUGACGAUUUCAGACAUAGGCCUUGUUGCGGAGGAUAUGGGAUUGACUGGAAGCGAGCAGCAUCUGAUGCAGCAACGUGUGCUUGACACUGUCAAAAGACAGCAUCCGAAUGUCUACCCCAUCACGCUGAGCAAGGAUGCGCGAAGAGAAUGCUACUCGGAGCAAAUCCUCAAUACGCUUUUCCACUGUCGGACUCCUCCAGUCGGGACGGGCUUUUCUCACCUGGACUGGCAGGGGUAUGUGCGUAUGAAUGAAGAGUUUGCCAAGGCAGUGGAGCAGGUUUACUCUGAGGGAGACGUUAUCCUCGUGUACGACUAUCACUUCAUGCUGCUUCCUCUCAUGCUGAGGCAGGCGAUCCCCAAAGCCACCAUUGUUGUCCACUGGGCAACAGUAUUUCCGAGCAGCGAAAUGUUUAGGAUUUUGCCGCAGCGAGAGGCUUUGUUGAGCGGCUUGCUUGGGGCAGAUCUUAUUACCUUUCAGGCGUAUGCGUUUCAUCGGCAGUUCGCCAACACCUGCAGAAUGCUGAAGGGAUCUGGAGGGCUUGCAGGUGUACGGAUAGCUAUUGUUCCUCGAGGCCUCGAUCCAGCCCCUUGGCUGCAGCAAAUGCGGCUGCAGAAGUCUGGGGGCGCUGCGGAUUGGGAAGAGUUGCGGGAGAAGUUGGGGGGUCGCACUGUAUUUGUCUCAGUUGACUCAAUUAGCGCCAACAGCGGCAUUCCCCAUAAGAUGGUUGCCUUUCGGCACUUCCUUCAGGAGCAUCCCGAGUACAUUAACCGCGUAGUGUUUGUCCAGGCUGCAAUCACGGAUAGCACGGCCCCCGACACGUUUCUUGACCAAGAUCCUCGUCAGUUGCUCAGUGAAACAGAAUGCCACGAGCUGCUCUCUCAGGUGUAUCACUUCGUGGGCUGUAUCAACUCCGAGUUUGGAGCAGUGGCGAGCCAAGCCGUGCAUUUUCUUACGGUACCUUGGACGGCGGAGGGCCUCUCGCCUCUCUUUGCCUGUGCAGAUGUCUGCCUGGCGACGUCUGUGAGAGAAUCUUUCUCUUGGGCUGCCUACGCCUUUAUUCUCUGCCAAAAGUUCAGCAACAAGGGAGUCUUGGUGCUGUCUGAGUUCUCUGGAUCGGCGCAGGCACUGGGAGCUGGAGCCUUGAUGGUCAAUCCUUGGAAUGCGCGCGCUUUCGCUGCUGCUCUACACGACGCCGUAAACAUGUCUGAGCAAGAACGGGCAGAGCGGCACGCGUAUGCUUAUCGAUACUGCACCAAGCAUUCGGAUAAAAUGUGGGCACGCCAGCUACUGACAGAGCUGGGAACUGUCUUGAGGACCCCUUCUCGCGAAGGCCAGAUUUCCGGGGAAACUGCUUCUGCCUAG